AUGCAUCUUCAGAUGAAAAUCAAUACGCGGGCAGCAGUGCAGGCUGCGCUGAACAACAUCAUGGACAUGCUUCGUCUAUGCCGUGGCGACAACAUGGGCUUGCGGGAUAUCGCCCCCGGACUAAUGCUGCGGCUCGCUCGGGACCAGGCAUGCUACGACUUCGUCAAAUGGUGGGAAUGGCGGUACAACCAGUCCGACUACGACUCUGGCGACAUGAAUGCGCCAUAUCUUGAUAUCAAAGAUGCAGACGUCUUCGAAGCGCCUGAUCUCUUCACCAACACAAGGUUUCCCAAUCUUUCGCCGCUUCUCGACGUUACGCUGCUCAAGAUACGCCUGCUUAUCGACCUGAAAGCCUUGCAACGUGUAAACCUAGAAGCAGGUCCACAUGUUCCACAGGAAAUCCUGGACACCAUCAACGCCCACGCCGUUAGCUCCGUGAUCGCGGGAAAUCGGGAGAUCCUGGAGCGAAAGGAUCUCGCGCCACAGAUCUCGGAGCUGGAGAAGCAGAUUAGGAAGCUGUACGACACGGUGCAAAACGCAAAUAAGUACAUUUGGAUGGCUAUGGUCAAGCCAGGAAACCAUCUCACUGCUCGACCUGCAUACACGAGUGCGGGAACAAUCAGAGAGAUGCAGCUCAAGUUGCAGUACAUCUACAAUGCUUGGUCAGAGACUCCAGGAGCUAUUGGUGUCAUUGAGGAGCUGCAGAAGAGCUCCGGGGCAGCCCAAGAAACGUGA